ACUGACAGCCACGAAGGACUUAUUUUUCCAUGGUGUAAUUAUCUGAAUUGAGUAAAUUAUUACAUAAAACAUUUUUCAAAGCUGUCCGUAGUGAUUUGUGUUUAAUUCUGUUACGCAUGUGAUACAAAUUAUAAUGGAUUUUGUUGACUACACGAGUUGCAGUUGCCGCUCGUAACGUCACAAGAAAAAUGGAAGAAGCAGAAAUCAUAAAAAGACACACGGAAUAUUUGGAAAAAUCAAAAAUAACCUAAACAUAAAAAUCAUCGUUAACUAGUCGAAUUGUUUUAUUUAUAUAUUAUUUAUAAAGAAAGUAUAGAUGUUUUAUUAAUAAUCAAAUUAUAUUAUAAUUCCAUUUAAUAUUGUAUAAAAUACAAUGAUAAUUUAAGUACCAAAGAAACAUAGAAUCAGUAUAUAUAGGAAUUACAUGUUUGUCAACGUAUGGAAUACGAGAGAAACGGUGGAAAUAGAAGAGAAAAAGAAAGAGGAUAGGAAGGAAACGAUGGCAGCGACGAUGGUUGAGACGCCUCCCCCCCAGCUCAUAACGAAUAUCGAGUGGGGGAUGAUGGACAAGAGUAAAUUCUAUCCUCUGUACACGUUGAGCAGUUUCACAGUUCGAUGCGCGCUCUAUCCGUUGACGUUAAUAAAAACUCAGAUACAAGUUCAGAGGAAGAAGGAAGCUUACAAAGGCGUAUCAGACGCGAUAACGAAGAUCUACGCGAGCGAAGGCGUGUCCGGUCUGUACCGGGGAUUUUGGUUGUCUAGUUUUCAGAUAAUCUCUGGAGUGUUCUAUAUAUCAACGUACGAAGGCGUCAGGCACGAACUCGGCCGAUACGAAAUUAGUCCUAGAUUGAAGUCGUUCAUCGGCGGCGGCUGCGCGUCCAUCGUCGGUCAAACUGUAAUCGUUCCGUUCGACGUGCUGAGCCAACACCUCAUGGUGCUGGGCUUGGCUAAGGGUACAGGCGUUAAGAACGCGAAGAUCAACCCGCUGGGCCUGGACCUGACGCUGCGGCUGUCGAAGGCGGCGCUGGCGCGGCAGGUGGCGCUGCGCGUGUACCGCCUGCACGGGCCGCUCGGCUACUACCGCGGGUACGCCGCCUCGCUGGCCGCCUACGUGCCCAACUCCGCGCUCUGGUGGGCGCUCUACACCGCUUACCAGGAUGAACUCUUCAAGAUCAGCCCGUCGUGGGUGUCGCACCUGUUGAUACAGUGCGUGGCGGGCACGCUCGGUGGCUUUACGACGACGAUUCUCACCAAUCCCCUCGAUAUUGUCCGGGCGAGACUACAGGUUGAAGGAGUCGGUACAAUGAAAGACGUCUUCAAAGAGUUAUGGCGGGAAGAAGGUCUUAUAGGUCUAUAUGCGAAGGGUUUAUCAGCGAGGCUCGUUCAGUCUGCCUGCUUCUCCUUCUCCAUAAUACUGGGCUACGAGAGUAUAAAACGGGUCUCCCUUAGUGAUGAGUACAGGACCAGAGUCCGCUGGUGAUUAAAUAAAAUUUGACGUUUAA